AUGUCAGCUGUCAAUGACACCAAAUUCAGCUCUGCAGUGUUCCUUCUCAGCGGGAUACCUGGGCAGGAAGACAUCCAUCUCUGGAUCUCUAUCCCCUUCUGCUUAAUGUAUGUUAUUUCCAUAGUAGGAAAUUUGGUCAUUCUGUUCAUUAUAAAAACAGAUCCAGCCCUCCAUGAGCCCAUGUACAUUUUCCUUUCCAUGUUGGCCGUCGCGGACCUUGGCUUAUCCAUAGCCACCAUACCGACGAUACUGGGCAUAUACUUGUUUAACUCUAGGGAAAUCAGCCCUGAUGCAUGUUUUGCUCAGCUGUUCUUCAUCCACUCUCUUUCAUUCAUUGAAUCCUCUGUGCUCUUGUCGAUGGCCUUUGACCGCUUCAUCGCCAUCUGUGACCCUCUGAGAUAUGUUUCCAUCUUAACCCCACUGAGAAUAGCCAAGAUGGGACUGGUGCUUGUGCUAAGAGCGGUGGCCUUAGCAUUCCCACUCCCCUUUCUCCUGAAACGGUUCCGAUACUGUCAAGCCAAUGUCCUUUCCCAUUCCUACUGCCUGCACCAGGAGGUCAUGAAGUUGGCUUGUUCGGACAUCACAGUCAACAGUAUCUAUGGCUUGUUCAUAAUAGUCUCCACAGUGGGGCUGGACUCACUGCUCAUCCUGCUAUCUUACGUGAUGAUCCUCAAAACAGUGCUUAGCAUCACAUCCCACGCAGAGAGCCUCAGAGCCUUGAGCACCUGCAUCUCCCAUGUCUGCGCCGUCCUGAUCUUCUACAUUCCAGUGAUUGGUCUUUCUGUGAUACACAGAUUUGGGAACAGCUCUUCUCACUUCUUGCAGAUUCUCCUGGGCUAUGUCUACCUGCUGGUCCCACCACUGAUGAAUCCAAUCGUGUACAGUAUGAAAAGCAAACACCUUCGUGCAAGGAUAAUAAGGGUGUUCAGAGGUAAAGAAAGCAAUUCGUGAAUUUGGCCUGACUAGCACCUUUGUGCGUGGUCUCAUUGAAGGGAUGGGUACUGGGUACUCCCUAAUCCCUGAGGAUUGGAAAACGCUGCUGCGCAUGAUGUUGUCACCCAGUCAGUAUGUUAUUUGGCUUAGUGAGUAUCGGCAGAUGGCAGAACGCCAAGCUCAGGUACAUAGAGAGCGCGGUAUCAUUUAUGAGCAUUUGGCAGGGGAGGGCCCGUUUGCUACUAUUGAGAUGCAGUCUCAACUCCCUCAGGCUGUCUUCCCCAUUAUUUCCACCUGUGCCCAGCAUGCUUUCAAGA